AUGUUCCCCGAAGCCGGGCGUACCCGUAUAGCUCAGUGCAGCCGCAACAUCCCACGAGCGCUGGAAACACGUUGUUACAGCGCCAAUCCUAAACAAAAUUCGGCUGUAGCUGUUCUAUUCCAGGACAUCGACCCCCCGGUCAUCAACGGUGUUCGUAAACCCCGCAAGCCUGGCGGCUACCAGGACUCUGGAGCUGAUAUUGCCUACAACCUACGGGCCAAGGGGGUGACUGUAGUCACUCCGGAAGUUCAUCCCUCGGACAGGGACCAUGAAGGCUGGUGUUUUCCCGACACCGCCGAAGGCAUCCAGCGUGCGGUGCAGAAAGGAGCCACACAUCUGUGGGCUAACACUAUCCUCUUUAAUUCUCAUCCCCUGCAAGCAUCCGACACGCUCAAUGCAUUUGCAUCCAGCUUGUAUGUCGUGGGACAGCCACCGGGCCUCGUGGAGAAUUUCGACGACAAGGCAUACCUCAAUAGAAAGCUGGGUCAAAUGGGCGGCUUCACGCUGCCGCGCUCGUGGAUUAUCACAAGCUCCGACGAUGUCGACAGCGUCAUUCGCUCUAUCGGCCAGUAUCCCGUUGUGGGUAAGCCGAUCCGCGGCCGCGGAAGCCACGGCGUCAAGGUCUGUCACAGCGCGACAGACUUGCGGCAACACCUUGAGGCCCUGUUUCGCGAAUCGCCCACUGUCAUGGUGGAAGAGUUCCUUAGUGGCGAGGAGGCGACGGUAACGGUCAUGCCACCGUCUCCAGAUCGGCCUGAAUACUGGAGCAUGCCGCCGGUCGUGCGAUUCAACCACGCUGACGGCAUUGCGCCUUACAACGGAGUCGUGGCUGUGACAGCGAAUUCCCGGACAGUUAGCCCGGUCGAGAUGGGCGACGCUUCCUUUACUGAGCUUAUGAGGCAGUCCGCGCGAGUAGCCGAGGUUAUAGGUGCCACGGCGCCGAUUCGAGUGGAUGCGCGACGAUUCGAGCCGGGGUCGCGGUUUGCUCUUUUCGAUAUCAAUAUGAAGCCGAAUAUGACGGGCCCGGGCCGGCCUGGGCGUGAGGAUCAGGCGAGUCUGACUGCUUUAGCAGCUGCAGCCAUUGGAUGGGAUUAUCCUACUCUCUUGCAGAGAAUUCUCCAAUGUGCGCAGCCUCUUGGUGUCUUCCGCAACUAUCAGAGUCCAUUUUAA